CAUUCCUGGUUUUCCUACCCAACGUCAUGGAGGAGGUUCGCAGGAGGGCCUAUACUUGGUGAGGUGGAUCAACCCCUUUCGGACUCAAGACCAUUCUUCGUAUUCCUACCCAACGUUGUGGAGGAGGAGCGCCUAUACCUGGAGAGAGGUGGAUGAACCCCUUUCGAUCUCAAGGCCGUCCUUGGUGUUCCUACCCAACGCAUUGGAGGAUGUUCGAGAGAGAUGGAUCAAUUCCACAAGGCUACAACGGAGGAUCAUCGUCAGCACCGCAGGAGGAUUCGGUCGCGUCGGGAGUGUUUCGGGAGUGCUCUGGAGCGUCCGAAUUCGAACUUCGAAGGCUCCAGCACCUGGAAUCCCGGAAGUUCCGGGAUUCUAAGUCCUGGAAACUUCGGAAUUCGAAUCCGAAGGACUCCAAAACGUUGGAUUUCGAAAUCUUCGAAAUCCAUCGUUCUGGAAAACUUCGGGUUCGUAUUUCGGAGUUUCCAAGACUUGGUAUCCCGGAACUUCCGAAAUUUCAUGUGCUGGGGACUUCGUAGUUCGAAUUUGGACGCCCCAAGAUCCGGGCCUUGUCCCGGACGGUCGUCGAAUCACAAAAACCUUCGCACUAAACCUGGUAGGCGUAAAAAAUUCAUUUUGUCUUUUAAAUAAAACACAGUUGUAUAUUAA